AGUCAGUAAAAAGAGUCGUUCAAAAAGAACGAAUCGUUCGCGAACAGCAUAUGCACAGCCUGAAAAAAUCGCCAUAUGUCCUUCCUCGGACACCGUAACCGUAGUGUGUUAUUUUUUGACAUGUGUUGUAAACGAUUAAUCAGUAGUGACACUUUAUUUUUUAUUUCAGAAACCAGUAACACACCACUUAAAGGAACUAUACUAAUUUACAGUAGGCAAAUAUGUUGAUCUUGCACUUUCUGGCUAACUAGCUAGCAUUGCGGUUUUCAGUAGUAGCUUGUUAGCGCGUUUUAAGAGCGCAACACACUGACGCUAACGUUAGCUAGCUACGGUAGCUAAGUUACAGUUCACUAGCUAGCUUUCCAGUUUGUUUGUGUUACGUGUAGGUGGUUGUCAUCGACCUUCCAGCAAGUUUGAAGCCAUGAGUGACAGCGACGACGAUGUCCCUCAGCUGUCCGCGGCCACUCUGGCUGCCCUGCAUGAGUUUUACACAGAGGAGAGGGACGGGCUGGUGCAGAGCACAGCACCGGUGGACAAGUACUCGGUGGGGGCGGUGGAAGAGGACUGGCGUAUGAGCCAAUUCUGGUACAGCGAUGAGACAGCAACCAGGCUAGUUGAAGAGGUAAUUCAGGAAGCUGGGAAAGGUGGCAGGAUAGCCUGUCUGAGCGCACCCAGUGUGUACCAGAAGCUGAAGCAGGGCGUGGUGGAGGGCUCUGACGGUGUGUCGGCUGUGGUUCUUGAGUACGACCGCCGUUUUGACACCUACGGCCAAGAGUUCAUCUUCUAUGACUACAACGAGCCCCUAGCUCUCCCAGAGGACCUGGCCCAACAGAGUUUUGAUAUUGUCCUAGCUGACCCCCCCUACCUGUCUGAGGAGUGCCUCACCAAGGUCGCCCAGACUGUCAAGUACCUGGCCAAGGGCAAGGUGCUGCUCUGCACAGGAGCCAUCAUGGAGGAGCAUGCAGAGAAGCUGAUGGGUCUGAAGAUAUGCAGCUUCCUGCCCAAACACAACAAAAACCUGGCCAACGAGUUCCGCUGUUUCACUAACUAUCCUUCAAACCUCCUGUCCUGAGGCUCUACAACCCUUCAUGUAUGGCCUUAUUGACUUUUGAUGUCUGACAUCCAUCAAUGCCCCAGUUCUGACUUGACUGAUGAUAUCUGUGACAGUUGCAAGGAAGACUAAUCUUGUUGGGCAAUUUUCAUUGCCUGUCAGACAUCCAAGGUUUCAUUUUGGGGACCAUGGUAUCAAGACCCUGUGGGUUGUUUUUAAUAUGAUUUCUUAUCCCAUAACAUAAUUGUGAAGUAAGUGAAUAACGGUAUUCAUGUUUGACUUCAGUGUAAAUAAUAUUUCAUAUACACACAGAAAAUAAAGAUGUCUAAACUGUUGUAAAAA